CUACAAAUUUACAAAUUAAUUGAUAAUUUAAAGCAUGCAAAGAUGUCUUCCUUUUCAAAAGACCGCCAUUUAAGAAUUUAACAGAGCUAGGUAGGGUAACUUUAAGUUGAUGAAUAUAACUGGCACGCAUGAUUCAGAUUUUCAAGAGAGAUUAAAUAGCAGGUAUGGUAUCCAAACACCCAUUAAAUCAAAAGAUAAGAACCAACCUUCAGAUUCAUGCAAUUCAAAACUAUAUAUAAACCCAUCCACAAGGCAAAUUCAAGAACAUAACCACAACAAUUCACAAAAAAAUGGCAAUAAAUUCAAAAAAGAUUGCAUUGUUUUGCAUGGUGGCAGUUUUUUCAGUUGUGGGUUGUCAUGCAACACUGCAGCAAGAUGAGCAGGAUUGUGCAGACCAACUAACUAAUCUGGCUUCUUGCAUCCCUUACGUGAGUGGUUCUGCUGCUAAACCAACACCAGAAUGCUGCCAGAACACUAAAAAAGUGAAGGCUAACAAACCUAAGUGUUUGUGUGUUCUUAUCAUAGAGAGUACUGAUCCUUCUAUGGGUCUGCCUGUGAAUACCACUCUUGCUCUUCAAAUGGCUUCUGCUUGCGAUAUUGAUGCCAAAGUCUCCGAUUGCCCCUCUAUACUGAACCUUCCAGCAGACUUAGCAAAUGCAAAGAUAUUCAAAGAAGCAGGAACAUCAGAUUCAACUGCCACAACUACCACAUCAUCAUCAACAGAUUCUCAGCCAACUCCGUCGUCUGGAUCAUCAUCUUCAACCUCUACUGAUUCCACAUCAAACACUGGUUCAAAAACUGCUUCAAGCACCACCAACAAUGCCGCCACCAAGAAAAUAUCAUGCAUGGGAGGGAUAAUAAUAAUGGCUUUUGCUGCCCUUAUGUUCCUUAAUUAGGCUGCCAUUUGCAACUACCUAGUACUACUUUAGCAUGCCAUGGCAUAGAUUUAUUUAUGCAUGGAUUCAUAAAUUAGAGGAUGAUUUUGGUUACUUUUUCUAAUUAUUUGUAUUGAUUUAAGUACUUCUCUUUGAAAUUCCACAACUAUUGAAUAAUAUCUAAUGGGCUUAAAUAUCAAUUUGCC